AUGGAUCAAGAAGACCAUGAGCCUGACGAGGAGGACGAUGCGAACUCCGUUUCUGUGGCCAGCUUGACGGAAGAUGAAGCCCUGCAGCAGUGUGAAGUGGCAGCUGCCCUUCGAGAGUAUCGCGGCAUCUUGACGCGCAAGAUGCUCAAGAAGGCAAGAGAUGCAGACGAGCCCAUCGCUCUGAGGGCGAAAACCGAGGAGUCCCUUGAAGAGUUGCGACGUUGCGAAGAGACCGGUGCCUGCGUCGGCCAGGAGGCGCAGGCCGGAGCACAGCAGACAGGGCCGAGUCGGCGCCGCUUCUAUGCGAGCCUUGGCUCCGCUUUGGCGGCAAGGAUGACUUCGGACAAGCUGGGAAACGAGAAGGCCUUGGAUGGCUCCUGGAUCGACAAGCUGCAGGAGCUGUUGGAUGACACGGCUGAUGCCUACGGGGCCCGAACCGAGUGGCAAGCUGAAGUGCAUGCGGCAGAGCAGAAGGAGCUGAGAGAUCAGAUAGGAGGCUACUUGGGCAACUUCUUCCAGGUAGGUAGCGAUAGCAUAGACGCCGUGACUGGGCAUUUGGUGCAAGUCUGGCGCUCUUUGAACACUCCAAUGGAAGCAUCUGGGGCUCUUGAACCGCGAGAUGCGGCACCAGACAUGGACGGCGCGAUGCGCGAGGUGUUGCAAUCGCUAAAGGAAGCGCGAGACAUUGGGAGCUCUCGUGCCGACAAGAUGUCCCACCAGUGGUUUGCCUACUUGACGAAGGAGGUGUUCAAGGUGGAGCAGUUUGGGGAGCACCAGCGGAUCCAGAGCUUAGAGUCUCGUCUUCGGCUGCAUCACGCCUAUGAGGACCUGACCGACCGCUGGGACCGGAUGGACAGCUUGAAUGUGGGCCUCGAAGAGGCCGUCAACAACAAGGCGAUCCUGAGCCAGGCUGUGGAGCACGCCGAGAGUUUGCUGAAUCAGCAGGUCGAGGCAGACUUCCACAAGACUUUCCAGAAGGAAACAAAGCAGUUGCUCCUACAGGCCGCAAAGGCUCGUGCAGACUUGGUGGGCCAGGUCGAGAACGUGGUGAGACACCGCGGAGUGCUGCGCUCCGAGCUCCUGAUGCACCUCGGGGAGUUCAGCGACAAACUCAAAGCCUGGCAUGUGAGAUCAAGCAAGAAAUUCCAGGAGGGCAUCCUUGAGUUGAAAUCUGCCAGGCGUCAGGCAGAGAGCCGAAAGAAGACUGCGGACAGCGCUCUGCAAACGAUCAAGGCUCAAGUGCAGAGCAUUCAGUCCGAGCUCAGUCAAAUGCUGACUCCAUACACCGGCAGUCAGAUGGAUAUAGAAGUGGACUUCAGCACCUUCGAAAUCACAUCCUGUCCAGCCAAAGAUGUCAUGGUGUCCCGCAUCUUGCAAACCGUUGCUGACCGAGAAGACGCUAUCGUGCCCAGCAUGGUCUUGUCUGCGGUGAAGGAUCUCGUGAACCGGAGUCCCAUCGAGCGGCUUCAGAAAUCCACUGCAGCACUGGUACCUGAGCACUCCCUCUGGCAGGACAGGGCACGUGUUCGGGAAGUGCUCAACUUCGCUGGCGUCCAGGCACAGCUGCGGCACAGGGCUGCGGCUACGUCAGACAUCGCCCGCUUUCUGGUGCAGAACAAGGGCUUGAUGUUGCUGCGUGGCCCGGAUACCCGUCUCUUUUUAUGGGACCGGCCUUUCUUGGAAGAGAUCAUCAAAGACCUCCGUUCAAUUACCUCGGAACGUACCUUCGGGUACACUGCAACAGCAUCGGCAAAGCUGCUGAAGAAGGCUGAAAAUUUGCUCAAGGUCCUUUCGGCUGCUAAUUGCCGUGGGAAUGAUUUUCGCCGUGGCUGCGUGGGCGCCGAGGCUGAGCAAGUGGAGCAAAUUAUGCAGGUUGCAAGCUUCUGGCUGCUUUGUACAGCUUACGCAGCCUCCAGCUGCGAAAGCAAGCGCUCGGCGCAGCGAUGGAAGUGCACCCUGGUCCGGGCCAUCGAGGCAGCUUUACGAGCCGUGGAUGGAAGCUUGAACGUCUUGGCGGAGCAGGCUAAGAAGCUGGCGCAAGAUGGUAGCACGAUUUCGUCGGGCUACAGCCACGCUCUGGAGCAGCUGCUGGAGGUCACCCAGCAGUUGGCGACGAAUCGAAGGAUUGAUUCCUGGACAUCAAAGGGUGUUGCACAAGAAAAGAUCGAUGCUGCUGGCACUGAGACCAAUGCCGAAGGCAAGAGCGUGGAGAUCGACCUCUUCCCCGAUUUGCCAGCCCUGCUUGCAGCGGGGCCACAAGCAAAGCAGAGUCACGGGAGCCCCUGCAUGGAUGCAGGGCAGAUGGCCCUGCAUACAUUGAAGCACCAGCAGGCGAUGCUGAAGAUGCAUUUCAAGCUCCGCAAGUGGUUGCAUUGUGCCCUGCUGCCAAAUAUGUCUGAGAGAGACUUCGAGAAGACACAAGAGGCCGUGGAGGCCUCGCAGGCAUAUCUUCAAGGCCAGCUGCCGGCAGAUGAGGCGGACUCCGUCAGCUCAAGAUCUUCCGAAAGCCAAGAGUCGGCUCCUCUCUCCAGCCCACGGACUCAAAGGUCAAGCACUUUGGGUGCCGUCAGCCCCCUUCAGUCCAUGACACCCGGCACAGAACAAGUGGAUGACGAUCACCGGGGAUCGACGAACGAUCUCUUGCGGCAGCGUAGCGUUUCGGACAUGCUGCAUGACAGGCGCUUCGAUGCAAACUUGUCCCAGCGAAUGUCUGAACGCUUUGCUGCCAAUGCCGAAAGUUACAAGGAGGCGCUGUAUGAGAGCUCUCACGGCACAGAUGAGGCUGAGGAGAUCUUGCCCUACGAGGUUUUGCAGAAGCGCUCCCAGGCUACAUUUCUGAGAUGGGCCUCGGCACCGAAAGCCGCUGCAAAGCCAAGCGGGCCAAGAGCCAAAGCAAGGGGAGGGAUCAAGCAUGGCUCCAACUGGGCGAUGAAGGCCAGGGAUGCGACCAAGGAGGCAUCCACCACCUCUCCCUCUCCAAAGUCGGGUCUCGCGAAGCUGUCGCCGAGGGUCUACAGAGAUCUGGCCGGCCGGCAAGUGGCACAAACUUCCUCACGGCCAACAAGUGGAGUAAGUGGCGCAAGCAUGCCCAGCAGGCUUGGAGGAAAUGAGGCCGACGCCGGCGUGGCAAGCGACUCGGAUGCUGCCACUUCGCCAUACACCGGCCAGAAUUCCAGCCCCGAGUUGACCCCGCGACGACGGCGCCUGGUCACAGACCAGCCAGAUCUGGACAUUCUGGAGAAGAAAGAGGCUGAAGAGCUGCAGACGGUGGCAGGUGAGGUCCUUGAUCGGCAAGAGCACCACGUCCGUCACUCCUUGCGGCAUAAGCCCAGACUGGUUCAGGAAUCUGUGGAUGCCUCGUCCUUGGUGCUGGCAACAAGUAGCACAGCGCGUGGCAGAACUCAUCAGCAUCCACAGCCUGGCAAGCCCAGAUCCCAGAGCCCCAAAAGCACCAGCCCUCCACCCGUGCCUUCGCACUCUGUGCUGCCGGAUUUGCGCCCGCCACUGCCGGAUUUGCGCCCGGGCACAAUGCAGACUGGAUUGCAUGUGGUGGCUGCAGAGGUGGACAAUUCGGCAGGCGAUGAGCCCAAUCUGCAGUCUGCCCCUUUCACUCUAGACCAAGUUGGUGAGCACGAAAAUGUCGAUCCCACGACAGCGCCGCCUACGGACUUCACGGAGCAGUUCAACAUGCAUGCAGUGAUGCGAGCAUUCUCGACGAAGCGCCAGUCAACGGAAGACGAUCUAGAGGAUGACGUGGAUGGCAGAUCGGAUGACACGGAGGAGGCUGUGGCAAGGUUCCUUCCUGAGAGGGUCCGGAGUGACGCCAUUGCCAUGGACAGUCCCGAAAGAGUGGAGGAACCUCCAGUUGAAGCGGAGGCUGGGCCUGGUGUUUGUGAAGGCGACAGAUCGGCAGACGAGUCGGAGGCUCUGGAUCUGGAAGAUGAGAUCGCAGAGAUGGAGACCUCCACAGCCGGAGCACUCCACUCUGGUCGAAUGCAUCACGCCAGUUUGGAGAACAUGGAAGCGGAAAGCAUCGACCCUGGAAUCGACCCUCAGCCGGAGCUGCUCCACAGCCAGUCGGGCUCCUACGCCAAUGCACCCCCACCCUUGGGGAGGUCGCGGCCCCGGUUGUCGGAGAAGGCUCCACGACAUGGUCGUGCCUUCCCACCAGGCUGUGCGGAAGCUGACAGAGCUCUGACGGGUCCACCGGGCACUGCACGUCGACUUCAACUCCACAGCAGGCCAGCGUCUGCGUCGAAGCCUCGGCCUGCCCGGCCCGAAGCCGUGGCCGAAGCGACGGAACGUGGCUGGCUGCCUUGGCCAGAGUCUCUCGCAUCCAGGUUUCUUCCUGACUCUGAGAAGAAAGGCGAGCUGACAUCUGCGUCUGCGGACGAGACAGCAUACUUGGCGCCCGUUCAUGUCGCUGUCAAGAGUGUCAGCAAGCCUAUGAUCGUGAAGUUGCACCUGGAGCUCCGACCUCCGUCAGCGGACUUCCAGCAGCCCGGGAAGCGUCAGCAGCCCCAGAGGCUGCCACAGCAUCCGAUGCAAAGACAAAGAUCCGGGGAAGGGAAGGAAGUGCUUCAAAAGGCUAUCGAGGCUCCAGAGGAACCUGCUGAAGCUCUCCCUGUCCGAAUCGUGAAGCCCUGCAUAUUUAACAGGGCUUCCACACCGGAAAUCGGUCGGCUGAUCAGUGAUGGGGCCGGAUCCGAGCCGCAAGUACUUCCCUAUUCAGACUCUUCUUGUACUGAAGAGGUUUCCAUACACGAAAGCCUCCACGACCAAGCGAGUGAAACCGCUCAAAACGUGCUGCAGAACGGGUCGCCGGCUCAGUCGAGAUGUGAGGUCGGCCCAGUCCGGAAAGGGCUGCCCAUGACGAGACGCGGGGUUGCGCAGCUGCUGAAGCAGCACGAAGUUGCCCCAGACGAGCUGUCACUCUGUGGCGCAGCUGUGAAGCCCAGCAAGAUACAACGUCGUCCAGCAACGGCUUCCUCGAGAGAAGUUCAGAUCCAUCACAUCCAUUCAGAGCCGAGCCCACAGGCGCAGGAACCGGCCACGAGGAUACACGUCAAGAGCCCCAUCUCGGCCGAGCUGCUUUCAAGCGCAUUGGAAGGUGCGUGCCCGCGGCGAUCAUCUUCCAGUUCCCCGAAGAAUGUAACCACGCUUAGGCAUUCUGUCAGCGCAGUUAAGCACGACCCGGUCGAGGAGUUUGCAUACGAUGAAGGCGUGCCGGUCGCACGAGAAGAUUCGCUUGCGCUCUGUGACUCGCCUUCGACGACUCCUUUGGAAUUCACGCCGACAUUUGACGUACCGAGGCGUACGAGGACGAUGACAAAGGACUAUUCUCCGGGAGCAGACGCGGAAGGAGUGUCCUUCCACUUGGACUUGACUCUUGGCACUGACGCGGACACUUCGAACUUGAAUUCGAGAGUUGUGACCGUGACGGACUCCAUUGAAACAGCGAGUUUCAGAUCGCCGACAGUGUCACAGAAGGUUCCGGGGAUGCUUGCGCGAUCUCAAUAUGCGCCGAUGUUGUCGAUCCAAACCGUCAGCAUCUCCGAUCACGUAAAUCGUUCCAAGCCUGCAGAGGAAAUCACUACAGCAGUGCCUCAGCAAAGUCACGGAAAUGACAGCCAUCCAAGACCAGCUCCAAAUGCCGCGGUUGGACGGAACGUCCACACUGCAGACCGACGUCAGUGGGAGGGCACCUUGACUGCUUGA